GGUUUAUGCGUGGCAGGGCACAUAAAUAUUCACCAGCUCUGGCGUUCUCUCUGAAGGCUGCCGUCGUAUCCUCUCACCUCUCGGUUUUCGGCUCUAUUUUAUAGCUUUCACUUUCUCCUCCUCUGUCUCAUCGACACACCAUCAUCUCUCUCUCUCUCUCUCUCUCUCCCUCUCUCUCUCUCUCUCUCUCUCUCUCUCUCUCUCUCUCUCUCUCUCUCUCUCCUUUUCUACCUCUCUCUUUCUCACGCACGCUCACAUGCUCACAGACGCACACGCAGGCAGUUUUAAAGUUCCUUCAACAGUCGUUAAAGAGAGGGUGUUCGAAUUGACCAACUGCAGGGCGCCUUUUGAAACGUCUGGACACAUUUCAGUAGUUCCGUUAAACAUACUUGCAUGCUUGCGAGUGAAGAACAAGCCUACACUAUUCCCUGUGAACUGCUGAGGGGCAUAUCAGGUCUCAUGAGCAUCUCAUCGUCUGCUGCUCUAGACAUGCAGAACCCCGGUCUUGGCCCCCAGUUCAUCGUGGGGCCCCCACCCAAGGUGCCUGGCAGGAAGAGAGGCCGACCACCCAUCCGUAAGCUGGAAUUUCAGCACCAUUACCCAGAAGUCCUUUCUGCCCUGAAGGUGCCUAAGAAGAGAGGAAGGAAGCCUGGUUUCAAGCUGAAGCCCAGGAUGCUGAUGUCCCCUCUAGCUGACUCCGCCCCCAGCAGCACCCCAGAGCCCGAGCUGAGCUCCCUCCCCCAGGACGCGGCCAUCGUCCCCCGGUCGGCCACGCCCCAGGCCCACACAGCAGAGACCUCGGUGCCGGACGACUUCCUGUGCGACCCCGUGGACUCAAAGCGUUACGCCGUCGACCCCAGCGACUCGGCCUUCGGCGUCAUGGCGACGGGGUUCCGACCCAAGCACUCUUACGGUUACCGCGGCAGCAGCAGCAGCGGCUGCUCCAACCCCACGGCCAUGUGCAGACGAGCAUCCAGUCCCGGGAAUUUCCAGGACCCAAACAGAAACACAGCCUACAGCCCCGGCUCUGAGGCCGGGGACUGCAAACGUCCCGCUGGCAGAGACCCGUCCAGCUGGGGGGUGGAGGAGGUGGUCUGGUUCAUCAAAGACUCUGACCCUCAGGCGCUUGGGCCGCACGCAGAAGCCUUCAGGAAACACGAGAUCGAUGGAGAUGCACUCCUGCUGCUGAAGAGUGAGAUGAUGAUGAAGUACCUGGGACUGAAGCUGGGGCCUGCGCUCAAACUGUGCUACCACAUCGACAGGCUCCGACAGAACCGACCGUGAUUCGCUGGAGACGGGCCAGAAGAGCUUUCUCUCUGGAUGGAGUAACCCUAUUUAACCGUUUAUUCCGGAAGAUCUUUUCAAGAUUACACCCGUCGGUAGUAGUUCACGACCAGCGUCGGUUUUUGUACGUUUUUCGUACGUUUUUCGUACGCCACUGGUUCGUGGUUUGCUUCUCAGACACCUGAAACAAUAUACAUUACUGAGGCCCGGUUUGCAUCUUUGUUUUGCAGGUUUCUGAAUGGAUUUUGGUUAAGAGUCCUCCUGGACAAAUGGCAGCUACGAAUAUGUGACCUGGAAUAGCAAAUGCUUUUGUUUUUUUAACCGUACAGUUAUUGUCUCAAUUUCUGAUAGAGCAAAAUACUAAAUCCAACUGCAUUUGUCCGUACCUCACCACCACAUUUGAACUCCUAUUCUCUGUAAAGCUGGUCGUUUUACCUGUGGCCUGCUGUACAGUUAUUUUUGACUUCUUGGUAUUUAAAAUAGGACUGAGAGGCUUUUAUUUGUGGAAUCCGAACUGAACGAAGAUCUGCUUGCUUUCCUUUAUAAAAUAAUAUCUCUGAUAUCUCUCCGUAAUUUCAUGGCAAACAAAAUCCAACAUGGUGCUCGGUUGGCAUGACAACGGAUUACCUCCAUGUUUUCGGUGCACGCUGUUCCCCUCCUCAUUAGCAGGUGCAGCGUACACAUUUUCACCACCAACAAAGAAGUAAGGAAUGGAAACACUCUCGGCCUUUGUGCAUUCCAACAGUGCAGUCUUGUAAACCUGUGUUCACUUUUACUGGGAAUGCCCAUUGGAAUUUCCUUCCAGUGGAAGCAUUCCAAUAGGGUUCAACUGAGAGGAAUGUGUAGCAGAAUCCUGUGACUUGAACGGACCCUUUUCAUAGUGUUUACUGGAAUAACCACUGCCAUUAUUUGACAUGACUUCAGGUACCCUGCAAUCAACAAUGUCUGGACUUCUCCGCAACGUUGCUGUUCAUGUACGUUUUUAUGCUUAUGCACGCACACACGCGCGCGCGCGCACACACACACACACACACACACACACACACACACACACACACACACACACACACACACACACACACACACACACACACACACACACACCCCGUUUGAGGAUUUAAUUAUUGAGGAUUUAAUUAUUGUUCUCAAUGUGAAUGAAUGCUCAAUCUCAUUAACAACCUCUCAAGUGAACACUUUUGUUGUCUUGGGCCAAUAUAUUUAUGUGUAACAUUAUAUAAUUGUGUUGUCUUUUCAUGGAUUAUUGCAUUUUCUAUAUACUCGUAUAAAAAUGUUAUCGUUUAGUAUUAAUCUUGAAGGACUAAUUUAUUAUCAUCUUGUGCCUUCAGGGCCAAUAUGUUCUGUUUUGUUUCUAUUUGUAAAUGUGUACACAUUUUUUAUACAAUUGAAUUAUAAUUAUAAAAGUGAAAAUGUUCAUUA